CGGUAGACCUAUAUUUAGUCUGUGUUAUCUGUAAUUCCGAAUUCGGAUUUCGGUUUCCGAAUUUGCGCCUCGGGAGUAGUAUUUUCUUUGUUUAUUUCAUAAAUUUAAUUAUUUUUAGAGAUUCAGUUCUGAAUGUUAUUGUCAAUUAAAUCAUGGUUGUCUUUUUUCAUUUAUAUGUCGUUAUAGAUAAUUGUCGUUGUGACCCAUAUAAAGAUGAUAUCAGAAAAUUCUGCUAAACAGAGCAACUCAUUGGUGUUUUUAGAUAUCUCUAUCGAUGGCGAGUCAGGUUUGUGUGACUUUAAAGCUGGCCGAGUUGUUAUAGAAUUAAGAGACGAUAUUGUUCCUAGAACAGCCAAAAAUUUUAGGGCUCUGUGCACAGGAGAGAAAGGAAUUGGUAAAUUAGGUAGACCUCUACAUUAUAAAGGUGUUCGCUUUCAUAAAGCUAUUACACAGUUUAUGGUACAAGGGGGUGACAUUAUAAAUGGGGAUGGUACAGGUGGUGAAAGCAUAUAUGGAACAACGUUUGAAGAUGAGAACUUUAUUCUUAAGCAUGAAGCUGGUGUCUUGAGUAUGGCAAAUUCUGGGCCCAACACCAAUGGCUCCCAAUUCUGUGUGACGAGUGUGCCCUGUCCCCACCUUGAUGGAACUAAUGUUGUCUUUGGACAGGUGUUAGCUGGUCUUAGGAUUUUGGAAGAAAUUCAGAAAACGGCUGAUGACUUUCGACCCAGUGUAGAAUGUGUCAUCGAGGACUGCGGAGAGUUGAAAGACGAGACGUGGGACGUUCGUUGUCGGGAUGGAACGGCAGACCGUUUGCCCGAGUACCCGGAAGACCUGAGGGAGGAGCUGAGCAUAGAGGAUCUGCUGGCCGGUAUCCUGAACGUGAAGGGCAGCGGGAACGAGCUGUUCGGCGCGGGCCGGUUCAAGAGCGCGGCUCGGAAGUACCGCAAGUGCCUGCGCUACCUGGACCUCGCCGGAGACGCGGCCGCGGGCUCGUGCCGGACCCAGUGCAGCCUGAACCUGGCCGCCUGCUACUCGCGCCUGGGGCUGCACGCCGCUUGCGUGGGCCCCUGCUCGGAGGCGCUCCGCCUGGAGCCCGGCAACGAGAAGGCGCUGUACCGGAGGGGCCGCGCGCACUUCGCCCUCAAGAACUACGAGGCGGCUCUCCGCGACCUCCGCGAGGCCGACAGGGCUUCGCCUCGCAACGGGGCCGUGCUGCGGCUGCUGGAAGAGGUGAAGGCGACCAGCAAGACCUACGACGACGUGCAGAGGCGGAGGCUGGCCAAGUUUUUUCGAGAGCGAGAGGGCGCCGCCGCCGCCCUCGGCCGCCACUGAGCUGCGGCUCCACGUGCUCAUCUGUCGCUACCGAUGACCGACUUCUUCCAGAACUGCCUCAUGUUAAAGCAGCGAACGAGAUCUGUACUCGGCUCAAACGCUAGCAGCCUCCACGGCGGUGCCGCCCGCGGUGAAGAUUAUUAGCAAAACGUCACAAAGGGGAUGUCGCCCGGGGUUAGCCGGAGACGACCGAAAUACGUAUCCGUAAUGUUAGGUAAAUUAUGAUUUUUUGAUCUCUCACGUGUAAUACUUAAAAUGAUUAUUAAUACUUUUAAUUCGCUGUUCGCAAUCAGUUUACGAAGUGAGCGUUCCGAGUCAUCGUCGCUCACUUUCGUUCCAACACAGCUUUUAGAUAAAUUUACUUGUCGUCAUAAUAAUAAUAAUAGGUGUAAGGGAUGACGAUCGAUAUACGUAAUCAUAGUUUUAUACGUGACGUAAUAUACGAUUUUUUAUAU